AGCAGCAUCUUGGUCAAACUCCACUUCAGAUAAUUAAUCGUCUGACUUAAAUUCCCUUUGCCAUUUCAGUCUCAAUGAGAAGACUUUCACUUUCAAUUAGAACUCAUUUCAUGCAACAUGUACACUAAAGAAUUGCUCCAUUUCAGAAAUGGAUGAAACAACGUAAAGUUCACGAUUUGUCCAGGAGAAUAAAAUACAGUAACAAGGCCUGUUACUCUAGCUGUUUUUAUGCAAGCUGAUGAUCUAAUGCUUAGCAGAUUCAUAACAUUAAUGCAAAUGAUAUCGAGAAGACUGUUGUACACAUAUAUGGAUCCUGUGGAUUGAAGUGGCAUGGUCCUGCUUUUUAAAGCAAAAAUCCAAGGCAUGAAAAAUGCUGUUCCUAAGAACGACAAAAAGAGACGAAAACAACUGGCUGAUGAAGUUGCCAAACUUGAAGCAGAACUUGAACAGAAGCACAAAGAGGAAUUAAAGCAGCUGAAGGAAACUUCACCUGAGCAGAAUAAGACAGAUUCUAUAGCUGAUGGAGUUGCAAAUUUAGAACUUGAAGGAGCAGGGCAGCAAAUUCAACAUCCUCGAAUAUCGAAAGCACAGAAGAGACGGGAAAGAAAAGCUGCCUUGGAGAAAGAAAGAGAAGAAAGGAUAGCUGAAGCUGAGAUAGAAAAUUUAACGGGUGCUAGACAUCUUGAAAGUCAGAAACUUGCCUCCCUAUUGGCAGCAAGGCACUUAGAGAUUAAACAGAUCCCUUCAGAUGGCCAUUGCAUGUAUAGAGCUAUUGAAGAUCAACUCAAGGAUCACCAGAAUUCCUGGACUGUUGCAACUCUGAGGAACCAAGCAGCAAAGUAUAUGCAGAGUCACUUUGAUGACUUCCUGCCAUUUCUUACGAACCCUAAUACUGGAGACAUGUAUAGCAGAGAGGAAUUCGAAAAAUAUUGUGAUGACAUCGCAAAUACAGCUGCGUGGGGUGGUCAGUUGGAACUAAGGGCUUUGUCGCACAUUUUGCAAACACCCAUUGAAGUAGUGCAGAUGGAUUCUCCUCCAAUUAUUGUUGGUGAAGAAUAUACAGGCAAACCCAUAAUACUUGUGUAUAUGAGACAUGCUUAUGGAUUAGGAGAACAUUACAAUUCUGUAAAACUUCUAACAGAUACUGCAACAGAGAAUGGCAGCUAGCAUACAAAAGACAUAGUCCACAUGGAUAACAGUUGCAUCUUGGUGUGUUGGGCUCCAGACGAUUCCUAGACAGACUGAAAAGUAAAUCUAAAUGGAAUGGAUUAAAAAUGAAAAUAAGACAGAUGAGAUUUGAUUGUAAAUCAGAAAUAAAUUUUAAUUCCAAACCAAACCAAAACCACACAACAGUAUUUUGAACUUGGUAUGUUUAGAAUGUCUUCUCUAAAUGGUGACUGUGUAGAUCAGAUUUUUUUUUUCUUUUAGUAGAGCUUCAUCCCAUGCUGAGUAGUGAAUACUGAGUAGUGAAUAUUUUGGUUAAUCUUCAUUUCUGCUGAAGAAUUCAAUUACCUGAAGGUUCCUGUUACGUUAUUUUUGGCAGAUUUUGAUGGUCGUGGAAGAGUUGAGGCAUUUAAAAGAACUGAUUUUGUUUUGAUUGAUGGAAUGUCCUCCACAGUGUUUCUUUAGUUCUAGCAAGAUAUGGCUUUAAUGCUGUAGUUGGGAUCCCCUUCUUUAUUUGGGCAGAGAAGAAUUAGAGGCAAAUGCACUACUAGAACAUCUUGCUUGUCUGAGGGAAAAUUGCACGAUCUUUUAAAGACUUUCAUCUAUGAUUUUUACCAAAGUUAGAGGACUUCACUUUUUUUUGUUUUAUUUUUUUGCAAUUGAAAUUGGAGCUGAACCCUCAGUGCUGUUCCUAGUACUGAAUCUGUAGGAAGACUGUUGUUAUUCAUGACUGACCAUCAUAACAUUGGUACACGGUAGCUGUGCUGUUCAUCCUUUGUGAUACAGAAAUCCUACAAAUAAAGAACUCCUCAGUGUCCUCACUUCAGACAGUGAAACUCGCCUGAACUCAUCAUCUAUGGAUCAUCUGAGCAAAGCACAUAAUGAUCUAAAGUGUGGUGCUUUACAAAACAGCUUAAAACAACUGAUUGCCUACAACGGUAAAAUAAACAUCUUAGACUUUGUCGGUAA